GUCAGGAGAAGGGAGGAUCUGAGGAGAAUCUACACACUGUGACGCUCAAGAUGGUCCUGAGUGGAGCGCUGUGCUUCCGAAUGAAGGAUGCGGCAUUGAAGGUGCUUUAUCUGCAUGAUAACCAGCUUCUAGCCGGAGGGCUGCAUACAGGGAAGGUCAUGAAAGGUGAGGAGAUCAGCGUUGUCCCCAAUCGGUUUCUGGAUGCCAAGCUCUCUCCAGUCAUCCUGGGCGUCCAGGGAGGGAGCCAGUGCCUGUCGUGUGGGACGGGGCAGGAACCAACUCUGAAACUAGAGCCAGUGAACAUCAUGGAGCUCUAUCUCGGUGCCAAGGAAUCCAAGAGCUUCACCUUCUACCGGCGGGACACGGGACUCACCUCCAGCUUUGAAUCGGCUGCCCACCCAGGCUGGUUCCUCUGCACUGUGCCUGAAGCAGACCAGCCUCUCAGACUCACCCAGCUUCCCGAGGACGCCAGCUGGGAUAACCCCAUCACAGACUUCUACUUCCAGCAGUGUGACUAGGACAAUGUGCCCCCCAAAACUCCCUGGGCAGGGCCAGCUCCAGUGGGGGCAGGAGAGUGGAGGAGGAGACCCAUGGCAAUCACCCCUCCCCUGCUCUCAGGGCCCCCACCUCUCACUAGCUAGGCACAUGGCCAC